UUGGUCGCUAUAAAUAGCACUGUACCUAACUGGAAUAAUGGCUGGUUUGUCUUGUGCGAGAGCUGUUGUAGUAAAGUAGUGGCAGUUGUCGUUUUUCUGGAUACCUUCUCUUGAUUGCGCUACACCAUUUCCAAAUCUUAAGGACCUAUUUAUAACAUAUAACAUAAUAGUUCAGUAUAAAUUGGAUAUUUUGUCAAUAAUUGCUAGGCCCAUGUAGAUUUUUAACACAGGUGCAAGGCAUCCGGGAGUGAAGUUUGAACAAGUCUUACGAGGUUUCCCCCCCUCUCUAACUCGAAGGUUCUGGAUAGGCUUGGGUGUUGAUAGUUUGUACAAUACCAAGUCCAUCAAUUUAUUCGGUUAGUAUAGGUAAAACAACAAAAUGGCACAGGGUCGCCCAAUCAAGUGUGUCGUUGUUGGCGACGGAACUGUAGGCAAGACAUGUAUGCUGAUAUCAUAUACCACAGACAGCUUUCCUGGUGAAUAUGUACCUACUGUAUUUGAUAAUUACACAGCCAACAUGAUGGUUGAUCUGAUACCAGUAAGCCUGGGCCUCUGGGAUACAGCAGGUCAAGAGGACUACGACCGCCUACGACCCCUUUCCUAUCCACAGACUGAUGUAUUUUUGAUAUGCUUCAGUGUUGUUAGCCCGUCUUCACAUGAAAAUGUUCUAACUAAAUGGCACCCAGAGAUUAAACACCAUUGUCCAGAUGCACCAAUCAUAUUGGUUGGUACAAAAAUAGAUUUACGGGAGAAUAAAGAAGCAAUAGGUACUCUAGCUUCACAGGGUUUAUCUCCGAUUAAAAGGGAACAGGGAAUCAAGAUGGCUAACAAGGUCCGGGCUGUGAAAUACAUGGAGUGUUCAGCACUUACGCAGAGGGGACUCAAGCAGGUGUUUGAAGAAGCAGUCAGAGCAGUUUUGCAACCACAACCUCCUAGGAAACCAAGAACCAAAUGUCAGCUUCUGUAAUAUUCAUUUUUUGUUUUCAUCAUCAAAACUCACUCAUCUUUUUCUGGAAUUCCGUGACAAGAUGGAUCAUCGGAUCUACUCAGUUCCCUACUUAAUAGACCAGCAAAGCAGACAUUGUUUAAAAUGAAACAGAAAAA